GUGCGCACUAGAAGAAAUUUGUAGUUUAAAGAUGGCGCUACCCGGUGUUUUACUCGUGCGGCUGAGAGCCUUGUGCAACCUUGGGAAAUGUGUUGAUGCCGGGAGUAAAAUUGGACCAAACUGGAGCAAACAUGUGCGGAACUACAAGACAAAAGCUAGAAACUUCCAGGAACAGGGAGCGUCGUCAUCCCGGCCUGAGCGAGGUCGCAGAGAUCUUCUGAAGGAGUUCCCUGAACCCAAGAGCCUGUUGAAUAACACCAUCUCCCGGUCACUGGGAGUGAACGACAUGUCCCAGUUGGUCCAGUACAACUGCACAGAGGAGGCAGGGCUCAAGAGAGCCACUGUCACCGUCCUGUGGCCCAGCAAGUUCGAAAUGGAGGGAUAUGCCUCUAAAAGGAGUGAUGCCGAAAGAUUUGCUGCCGCCGCCGCUUGUCUCAAGCUGAAGGAGCUUGGUGUUAUUGGUCCAAACAAUCAGAUGCCUAAGAAGAGAGCCGGUCGUGGGAGAGGAGCGCACCUGUCACCUUUGUAUGAUGCUGAGGAUAGCGCCUGGACCAAUAAUGUGCACAUGCCGAGAGCUAAAGGACAUGAACAAAAUGUAUCCCCGGCUGAAUUAGAAGACACCUCCAAAGUCACUGAAGCUCUUUCCCAGUUUCCACAGCCUAAAUCUCUCCUGACCAGGGUGGUCCAGGUGGCCACAUCCACCAACAGAAUCAGGGAGCUAAUACAGUUCAGAACAAUGGGAGGGAAGCUAAAGAAGUGUGAACUGACGCUCCACUGGCCAGAGAGGAUGACGUUCACAGGCACGGCUGGCAACAGAGUGACAGCAGAGAAGAGAGCUGCAGCUCUUGCCUGCAUGAAACUAAAGGAGCUGGAGUUGCUGGAUCAGGACAACAACCCGCUGACUCAUGCCAAGUACCACCGUGAGCAGGUGAAGGCGUCAGGAGAGAGGGAGAGGCGGCCCUUCCCACUGAAUGUCCCGGAAUACCUGGAGGAGCGCAUGAGAGAGUAUCUCACACAGUACCCAGUGGCCACAGAAAUGCAGAAACUGUGGGAGGAGGAAGAACAGAGAGGGCAGCAGGCGGUAAACCAGGAGGAUGAGGAGGAAGAGGAGGACUUGGUGACAGAUGCCAUCACAGGCCGGCCGUACAGACCCCUCUCCAGCCAGCAGGCCCGGCAUCUCAACGUCCGUCUGCAGGAGGAGUGGGAGAGAGCAGCCCCUGCACUGAGGGUGGAACUCCCCGCCGACGCCCACCGCCAGCACGUCGUCUCAGCAGUGGAGUCCUCCAGGGUGGUUGUGAUCGCCGGCGACACAGGAUGUGGCAAAACAACCAGGAUUCCCCGCUUCCUUCUGGAGGAUCGCGUGACAAGAGGGGAGGGGGCGGACUGUAACAUCCUGGUCACCCAGCCUCGUCGCAUCAGCGCCGUGUCUGUGGCCCAUCGCGUUGCCCAGGAGAUGGGUCCAGCUCUGAAACACUCUGUGGGCUACCAGGUGAGACUUGAGAGUCGUCCCCCAGAGCAUAGUGGAGGGGCCCUGCUGUUCCUCACAGUGGGCGUCCUCCUGAGGAAGCUUCAGGGGAACCCGUCCCUGAAGGGGGUCAGCCAUGUCGUGGUGGACGAGGUCCAUGAGAGAGACAUAAACACAGACCUGCUGUUGGCCCUGCUUCGCUCUUGCAUUACCGAGAACCCUGACCUUCGUGUGGUGCUGAUGAGCGCCACAGGGGACAACGACAGGUUGGCCCAGUACUUUGGUGGCUGCCCAAUUGUAAAGGUGCCUGGGUUCAUGCACCCAGUCCAGGAUAGGUACCUGGAAGAGGUGCUGCGAGAGAUGGGACGCCCACCUCCACCCCCAAUGGAGGAACUGCUGGACAGACAGGAGGGAAAAGAUGAGGCAACACCAGACCUGAAUUUAGUGGCUGAUACUAUCGAGCACAUUGACAGAUACGGAGAGCCUGGUGCAGUGCUGUGUUUCCUCCCUGGGUGGCAAGACAUCAAGGCAGUUCAAGAGAAACUUGAAGCAAAGCCCCACUUUUCUUCAGGCUCCCAGAUGAUCCUGCCAUUGCACUCCAGUUUGUCAGUAGCAGACCAGCAGGCUGUCUUUCAGCGCCCCCAAGUGGGCCAAAGGAAGAUUGUCCUGGCCACUAACAUUGCUGAGACCUCCAUCACUAUAGAUGAUAUUGUUCACGUGGUGGAUGUGGGAACUCAGAAGGAGCAGAAUUACGACCCACGGACUAAGGUCUCGUGUCUGGACACAGUGUGGAUCUCACGUUCCAACGUCACACAACGAAGAGGAAGAGCAGGGCGAUGUCAGCCUGGACACGCCUAUCACCUGUUCCCACGGAAACGUCUGGAAUCCAUGACUACUUUCCCCAUUCCUGAGAUCCUGCGCACCCCUCUGGAGAGCCUAGUAGUGCAGGCCAAAAUCCACAGUCCAAAUAGCAAGGCUGUAGAUUUCUUAUCACAAGUGUUGGACAGCCCAGAGCGUGCAGCGGUGAGAGAUGCGGUCCGCAAUCUCCAAGACAUCGGUGUUCUGGACAAAACAGAAACCCUGACACCGUUGGGAGAGCGUGUAGCCUGUAUGUCAUGUGACCCGCGGCUGGGCAAGGUGCUGGUUCUGGGUGCCAUGUUCCGAUGCGUUCUGCCGUUGUUGUCUAUAGCCGCCUGCCUGACCAGAGACCCUUUCCACAACAGCCUGCAGAACAGGGCACUUGUCAACAAGGCCAAAGAAUCUCUGAGUGGCUCUAGCUACAGUGACUACUUGGUGUUCAGUAGGGCUGUGUUGGGCUGGAGGAGAGUUCAGCACGAAGGAGACAGACAGGACAGACAGGAAUAUUUGGACUCACAUACCCUGUCUGGGGCCAGCCUUCGAUUCAUCAAUGGUCUCAUCUCUCAGUUCAGUGAGAACCUGUAUGAAGCAGAGCUGGUGUCCCGUGCCAGCGCAUGCCAGCAGCCUUUCUCUCCCUACAACAAGCACAGCGACGAGGAUGAGCUGCUAAAGGCUGUACUGCUGGCUGGCCUCUAUCCCAACCUCAUUCAGGUGAAGAAAGGGAUGGUGACCAAAGGAGGGCGCUUUCGCCCCAACAAUCUGUGUUACCGCACAUUCAGUGGACCAGUGCUGCUUCACCGCUCCACAGUCAACAGAGGAGAGGAUCAGCUCCCCAGUCGCUGGCUGACCUUCUUCAGUGCAGUCAAGUCUAACGGUAACGUGUUCAUCAGAGACUCCUCAGUGGUCCACCCCCUGGCCCUGCUGCUGCUCACAGACUGCGACAUCACAGAGACGGUGAGUGGAGACCGUGUGGAGGUAUCACUGCCUGGACACUCUCUGGUGCGCUGUGAGAUGUCAGUGGAGACCUGGGAGCUGCUGUGGGAGCUACGCACCUCCAUUCAGACAAUGUUGUACCGCAACCUCAACAACCCCAACAAUGCCAUGAACAACUCCUCUCAGGAUGGCAAGCUCAUCUCCUUACUUGUGGAGCUCCUCAACAACACAGACUCAAGUCCUUUUGCUGAGACUCACAACAGCGACAGUGAGGUGGACUGAUGAUAUUAAGGAGAAGAAGACUGAAUGGAUGGUUGCACUGUCUACAUGUGUGCAUGGAGAAAUACAGGAGGAUGUUUUUUUUUUUUUUUUUUUGUCUUAAUUAUCUUAUUGUAUUUGGACUUCACCUAUGGCCAAACAAACUGGCAGUCGGAAUCUUCCUUAAUCAUCUACAGAGAGGUAGAUGAGAUGGAAAAAAUACUGGGAAUGUGAAUAGUUACUCAUGGAAUUUGAAUGCACUUCUCAUUUAUUGUGGCAGAAUAUUCUUUAAAUGAAUCAGGGCUCUCAAAGAGCAGAAAUCAAAAUGGUCCAUUGUGUGCCACUGUAAAUAUGCCCGUGGCACAUGACUAACCUCAUUUGGCAUGAGAAAAUCCAUCUGUCUGACUGGAUUUUGGAUUGUCGUCGGUUGUUUGCUUUUCUGAAAAGCAGACGUUAAGCUUUACUCUGUUAAUGAGUACCAAGACAAAGGAUGCCUCUGGCCAAAGGCCAUCAAACUAGAUUGUAUGUAGAAAAUAAUUAAGUCACAUGUUUAUUAUAAUAAAUAUUUAAAAUA